UAAGAGAGAGAGAGAGAGAACCAGAAGCGUUUCAUCACCGAGAAAACCUAAUCCGGUCGUCUCCGGCGAGUGGGAGGAUAUGGAUAACACCAUUUGACUCCUCUCACUCAUCUUUUUCCGGUUCUGUGAAUAUCGCAAGAAACCAAGCAGUAGGAGGAUAAGCCGAGGGAGAGAGCCGCAUCCACAUGGUAGCCAAGGAACCUGCAACCAGAGAUAUAAUCGAGGCAAAUUGGAGGAUCCCAGCACAGACUUUCAACUUCCUACGAGGAACACCGCCAGGAUACUAAGGCAUGUUAUAAUACAUACUGCUAGGAGAUGAUCACAUCGUCAACUUCUCGUACACCAGGAUAAACACCAAGUUCAAGUCAAAGUGGAUAUACCAGGAACUAAUGCAACACUCUGAAGCUAAUAUCCAUACCCAGGUAUUUCAUCUCUUAACUUCUAUGAUGCACCUCAAUUAACUUUUACAAGAAAUGUUUUUGGACCAAUGUGGAUCCGCUUAUCAUUUAGUACUUGUUAUAUAUGUCGUGUUGCAUUCAAUGUUUUGGUAAUUAUAUACAUUCUGCACAUCUUUGUUGCAUUUCCCUUUUCACAAAUUUGAGUACAUUAAAGCAACAGGAAUAUAUCCAACGCCUGUGUCCAUUGGAAAUUACCAUGCUACAUACCCUCCAAAGGACAUUGAUAUCAAACUUCAUUUACUUCACAUCAAUUGCAAACCGCAUCUUUAAUUCUGUAUUGGACUUUGAAAUAAGGUUCACCAAGGGUAUUCUGCACACAAUGUUGAAGGCGGUGUCGAAGGACCAGACACAUGAUGAAGUUAUCAACCAAACUUUCAAACUUCAUACAGAUAAGAGUAUUUUAUUAUAUUUUCAAUUUAACUCAUAAAAAUUAAACCUUUAUUUAUACAUGUUAUUAGACAUAUAAAAAAUGUUAUAUAAUGUAAAGGGUUCAUUGUAGCACCAAAAACCACGCACUAACAGCUAUAUGAUGACUUUUUUUAACAUGUGAAAUGUGUCUUUAGAAAUCCUCUUGCUCCUUAUAUAACUAUUAUACAUAUAGCAUAUGCUUCAAAUACACAAAAAUAAUGAAAAAAAUAACAGUGUAGAAAUUCAAGAAUCAUCUCAUUAAUUUGCUCUUCUUGGACUUUUAACAAUUGGUUGAGCACAAUCUUGAUAUCCACAUUUUGACAGCAAGUUCAUCAAGCGCAUCCUGUUAAUACCAACUCUCUUGCUUUCCUUGUAACUGGUAUCUUUGACUUAAAAUCUAUUUUAGCAUAACCCGAAUUUGUUUUCCACUCCACCAUUUUUUGUACAUAAUGCUAAUUUUUCUCUUGUAACAGUUCUCUUUUUGUUUAUGAUUUUAAACUCACACCAAAUGUCAUCUAAUUUUCUGGUUGGUACUAACUCUUCUCUUUUAUUACUUUAAUAUUCUUAAAAAAAAGAAAUUAUGAUAUAACAUAAUUAAUUUGCAGCUAUGGUUGAUGCUUGGUGUCUUUGCGAUGGCAACAACGAUUAGGAUGUAUGCCAUCGGUCAACAAUUCAAGCUCAAGCACAGGCACUUGCUGCCCAGGCCAGUGGUUUCUUGGUCAUAUAUGUGGAUUCUCUACGGGUUUACUUUCAUCAUUCCAUUCAAGGGCCCAGAUCCAAAUGGGAUCCUGCGAGCGGAUUUAUGGGUUAGACUUUGCCUCGGCCAUGAGGUGGACAGCCAUGUGCCUAGGAGAGGGUUCACCUAAGUUUCCUAAAUGGGUUUAUUUCGUUUCUUUACUCUUAUUCAAUUUUUUUGAGAUUCUUGAAGAGAGAUCGUGAGAUUAAUAUACUCAAUGGAAUUAAAUAUCAUCAAUACUCUUUGUACAAUAAAUAUUUUAAGUGUGG